UUGUCAUGGUGGAAUUGGAGGUGUUAUGUUGUUGGUGAGGAACUGCGGAUUAUAACGGCUUUUAAAUUGAAAGUGGCCGAGCUUGACUGUCGGAUUGAAUUCGUUGCUAGUUACCACGAGAAGAGCCUGUUGAUAGUGAUGACAAGCGACAUGAUGCUCUUCCACUUUGUCGUGAAGCUAAACGGCAAACCAAGCAAUAGUGUGAUUCAUCUGAGGGAGAAUAUCCUUCUAAUUUCUCAUCAAGAACGAGAUCUUAGAGUAUGGGAUCUCGAAUCAGAAGAGAAUGGAACAAUUUCAUUGCAUUCAUCCAAGGGAUAUGAUGCUGAUGAAGCUAUCAUUUGUGUGGACUACUGUAAGCGAAGAGGAAUGAUAUCGGUUGGAACGACAAAGGGAAAAGUGGCGAACUGGAAGCGUCGAGUGGGUGAGUUAUCGAUGGAGAAUGCCUGGCGGCUUCAGAACGGCAACCAAAUUGGAGGACAGGUAGCAUCACUGGAGUGGUCGCCGGUUUACUCGGCGUUGGCCGUCUACUCAGACAAUCAACUGACAAUUCUACAAGACGAGAAUACCAUCGUCGCCGCCAUCCAGAAUGGUCCAUCGUCUUUCACGCUUGUCAACUUUGAGACUGCCGUCAAUCAGGAUCUUAAACUCGAUUUUUAUGUGAAAGGCAUCUGCUUGCAGGAGAAACAGCUUGUUGUUUGGAGCAUUGGCACGGUGACAACCUUCGAUGUGCAGUCAUCGCUAGCGACCAUCCAAUCGUCGUCAUUCACCUGCAACGCGCUGGACGUUGUCAUCUACCAUCAAACCCUCUAUUGUAUUGAAGGCGAUAAAAUCAACGUCAGAACACUACAGGGUACGAUUCGUCAAAUACUCUCAUUGCCUGAAAUGGAAGGUGAUCCUAUCCAAAUGCACUCGAAUCGGGACUGGCUUGCUGUCGCAACUUCUACAGGAUUUCUUAGGAUCUACAACAUCAGUGCCAAGCAGGAGUAUCAUUCGAAAUAUAUCGUCGAGGCUUUAGAUGAGUUCCAUAGAUUUUCAUCGAUGAAAAUGAACAUCUCGGGCAAUCGCAUUGCCUGUACAUACUAUAUUGGCGAACGCUUACUUGUGUGGGACGCUGAGGGUGACAUCGUUGUGCACUUCUCAUUCACACUGGGAAUGACCGAUCAGCAGCAGUACGAAGCUGAAGCAGAACUUGCCAGUUCGCAAGGUCGACCAGUUACUGCCGCAGCUAGGAAAAUGGAACGGGAGCAGACGAGAUUCCGACUGCCGAUGCACGAGCCAGGUCCAGUCUUUUGGGAUGAAACCGAUGACCGAUUUCUGGUCUGCCAUGUGAAUGAUAUGAUGUUGACGAUGUUCGUGACGUCCGAGCACGGUAUUCAACUGCAGGAUCUCAUUCACAAGUCACACGCUUCCGAUCUAUUCAUUGGCGUGUCGGUGCCGCAUUUGUACUUCACUAAGAAAAUGGAAUUCGACGAAGAAGAAGUUCGUGGUGAGAAGACGAUUGGUCGAUUUUUAAUUGCUAGAACGCUUCGGGAAUUUUCUGGAGUCGAGAGUUGUGACAGCGCUACGAGGAAAGGAAUGAUGGAUUUCUGUUACUACCUCACUAUCGGCGACAUGGACGAAGCCUUCAAAGCGAUUCGAUUCAUCAAGAGUGAACGAGUGUGGGAGCACAUGGCGUCGAUGAGUGUGCGGAGCGGCCGACUGGACGUGGCGGCUGUCUGCCUCGGAAGGAUGCGCGACGCGCGUGGUGCACGAGCGCUGCGCCGGGCGCGGGACGCCGGCAGCGACAAACUUCAGCGCGCCGCGCUCGCAGUUGAGCUCGGCAUGCUGGAUGAAGCCGAGGCAGUAUACAUCAGCGAAGGUCGAUACGACAUGGUAAACAAAAUUCAUCAGUUUCAAAAUGCAUGGAACCAGGCGUUUGAAGUCGCCUCUCGAUUCGAUCGUAUUCAUCUCAGAAAUACUCACUAUAAUUAUGCGAAAUAUCUCGAAAGAUCUGGUGCCAUCGAGCAGGCCAUUGAAAAGUAUUUCCAAGAAUGUUCGCUGAUAAUCCGAAGAUACUCGAGAGUUAUUGAACUUCACGCAUGGUGGGCUCGUUAUCUGGAAAGCAUUGGUGAAUUAGAUGGUGCAAUUGUUUUCUACACUGCCGCCAAGGAUAUAUUGUCACUUGUGAGGAUUAAAUGUUCACAAGGAUUACUUGACGAGGCAUGUUCCAUUGCUCUUGAUACCAACGAUCGUGCAGCUUGCUACCACCUAGCACGGAUCUAUGAAGUACAAGAGGACUACUCUAAGGCGGUUGACUUCUAUACGAAAGCGCACGCAUACAAUAGCUCUAUUCGAUUAGUUAAGGAACAUGGCAUGCGAGAUCUUCUGGCGAAUCUCUGUCUUCUCGCAGGCGGAAGUGAGAUCGUUGAAGCUGCGAGAUAUUUCGAGGAUAUCCCCGGAUACGCGCAUCAAGCUGUGAUGCUUUACCAUAAGGCUGGGAUGGUCGGUAGAGCACUUGACUUAGCGUUUCGUGCAGAGCAGUUCAGUGCUCUCGAUCUCGUAACCAAGGACCUUAAUGCGGACUUGAGAACCGACCGAUAUUUUCUUUUCUUCGAAUUUUCUGUCAAUUAUGAGAAGGCUGUUGAACUUCUCUGCAUGGCCAAAGAGUUCAACGCUGCUAUCGAAAUGUGUCGAACGCGGAACGUGCGGUUAACAGACAAAGUGGCUGAGUUGAUGACACCUACUAAAGAAUCGGCUCCUAACGAAACUGAACGAAAGCGAUUACUCGAGAACAUAGCCGAACUUGGAGUGCAACAGGGCAACUAUCAUUUCGCUGCAAAGAAGUACACUCAAGCCGGCGAUAAGCUUCAGGCGAUGCGCGCCCUCCUAAAAUCCGGCGAUACUCAGAAAAUAGUGUUCUUUGCUAAUACUGCUAGAAACAAAGACAUCUACAUCUUAGCAGCAAAUUACCUACAGACAACGGAAUGGCAAGGAAAUGCUCAAAUCAUUCGUGAUAUUGAGACGUUUUAUUCAAAAGCACAUUCUCACAUUCAUCUAGCCAGUUUCUACAAGUCUUGUGCAUUUGUAAGUCAUCCUACACUAUUGCCAACAGCUUUUCAUUUCAGACUCUAUGCUAACGACGAAAACGAGGCAGUGCUGCAACUUCAGAAUCUCGUGGAGAAUUCAACGGAAGACUCCAUUAUUCGGCCAAGCCACAUCUACGGUCUGCUGAUCGCGCACCACGCGGGGAAGCAAAAUUAUAGGAUGGUUUGUGAACAGGUUCUAGUAGCGUCUCUUUCUUCUUUCAGUGAUGAAAAGAAAGAUGAACGACUUCAUGUCAUUUUGAAAAAUCGCGUUGCUUGUAGCCGACAAGAAAGAGCAAUCGGAGAUGAGGGUGGUCGUAAACUGGCUGACACAUUUUUUUUGAAUACGUUGUUUUUAACGUUCUAUCAAACUUUUCCAUUAUGUACAUAA